GCUUGGGGGCCCCUCGGUGUUUGCGCCUGAGGGGAGGCUCGGAGUGAUUCCCCUUGGGGCGGGUAAAACCGGGACCGCUUCAUUAAUUAACGAACCCAUUAGCGGCCCUCGCUGCUGGAAAAAGCUCUUUCCCGAUUAAAAACUGCGGAUAAAGCGGCUGUGGGGUGAAAGGGCUCGCAGCGGGGUUUGGGCUGGGGGAAACUCGGUCCUGGCGUGAGGGAAGAGGCGCAAAAAGCGGCGGAGAACCAGCAAAAGUGCCGGGGGGAGCCGCUGGGAAAACAAAAAGGAGGGCAGGGCCACCGAAAGCAGUGAGCAAACAUCCUCGGAGAGGGCGUGGAGAGGCUCCCAAAUUCGGGCUGCUCUCCUGCUUUUAUCCCCGCUGCUCUUGGCACCCGAGCCCGGCGCCGAAGCUGCGAAUUCGCCUCUUUUUUCCUGCCCGAAAUCUCGCCUCAGCUGCCGUGUUUGUGUCCUAAUGCCGAUUUUCCCCUGGGGGGAUCCUGCGCUGCCGCUCCUGAGCCGGGUUUGCUGGGCUCCUCCGCUUUUUGGGGCUGGGCUGCUCCUUGUGGGUUUUCCCGAGGUAAAAAGGAGCUGGGCAAACCCAGGGAAGCGGAGGAAAAUGAGUUUGGCACACAGCUAGGGAUGCUCCGCAGACCCUGGAAGUUGCCUCUCACUCGGAAUCCUGCUGCCUGGUGGGUGCUCGGUUAUUUUAGAGCAGAAUCCUGCCUGAUUCCAGACGGCUUUUUUGUGGUUUUUUCCCCAAAAUGAUCCCUUCUUUCCGUAAAGGAAGAUGCGUGCGGCUGCAGACGGGGGCGGUGGGAGGUGGCAGGGGCUCGGGGCUUGCUUGGAGUUGGCUUUUCCUUUGUUUCCCCGAGCUGGCCGUGUUUUUAUACCCCCCAAAAACCCCGAAAUGGGAUGUGUUUGAUCACCUUUCCCCCCGCCCCGAGGAGGACAAAGUCCAAGCUGCGGCCGGAGAUGAACGGCGCCGUCGCUUUUCCAGGAUUUAUCCCGAGCUCUGCUUCCAGCCGGGGCUGUUCUGUCGGGCUUUGCUCAAGUGCUGGCUCAGCAGGUCAAAAAUGGAGAGCUGCGAGAGCCCCCGGGCUCCUCGGGCUGGGAAAAUUGGAGGGAGGACACGGACAGAGCUGGGAUGUGCUGGGAGCUCCGGGAUCCCGAGGAGUUGGUGCUCCCAUUUCCGUCUCCCUGGGGAAAAAUAAUGCUUAAACUCGUUUUUUUAAAAAUUAUGUUUAUUUCUUUUUUACGAAGCGGCAGGGAUUUAGAGCCCAGAAAAAUUUAGGGAUAGCCCCUUACGACAAAUCCCUGCUUGGCACGGAUAUAGAUUUAUUUUUUAAUAUAUAAACAUGGUCGAGCUCAUCCUGGCUGUCUCCUUUUAAGGCAGUAUUCCAGGAGCACCAAAUCCCAAACCUGACCUUCCAACAUCAGUUAUUUAGGAAGUGUGGAAGGCUUGUGCCCGCACAAAGGCAUUCGGGACGGUGUCUUCGGGGCAGAGCGGAGCGAGCUCCCGGCUCGAAAAUACAAUUAAACAGUCUGAAAAUUGAAUGGAAGCCGGAGCCCGAGGCUGUUAAACGCGGAGCUGAUUGUUUCACGGUCUCCUGCACAGGAAAGAGCCCUGGCUCUGCGCUCCGUCCAUCCCCUUCCUGGGGAAAAGAUGAAAGCGCUGGGCGCUGUGGCUCAGCAGCGUUUGUCUCCCCGGCAGAUCCUGCGCGGCUCCCGCCGGGGCUCCCAGCCAUGCGCACGGCGGGAUGAAGCUGCAGGCGGUGGUGGAGCAGCUGCAGAAGCAGCAGCAGCAGCAGCAGCAGCAGCAGCAGCAGGCGGCGGUGCCCAUGGAUUGCCGGGAGCGCCGCCGGGAGCCGCAGGUGCCGUUCCCGACGCCGCCGUUCCCUGCCCAGCCCCGCUCCAUCGGCCAGCGGCUGCCGGUGCCGGCUGCCGUCCCCCCGGGCAGAGCCCCCAGCGCGGCCGGCCGGGCCUCGGAGCACGGCAGCAGGAACUCUGAGGACGAGGAAGAUGAGGAGGAGGAGGAGGAUGAGGAGGAGGAUGAAGAAGAAGACGGCGCCGAGCUGGAGGACGGUGCCGAGGUGCCCGGCCAGGAGAGCUGCUCUGGCCUGGAGUAUUUCCGCGCUCCCAAAGCCGCCCAUCCCAAGCAGAGAGCGGGCUCCAGCCCCGUGCCGGCCCUGGGGCACCCACGGGGCGCCCAGCAGGGUGAGGAGGAGCAGGGCAAAGACUCUGCCAAGCAUCCCGGAGCCCCAGCGGGGCGCCCCGGCUGGCGCCUGGACCAGCAGCUCAAACAGAACGGCAGCGUGACCUGGAGCGACGACGGCGACGGAUGCCGGGGCAGAGAAAUCUCCCGAGACUUUGCCAAGCUCUACGAACUGGACAGCGAUCCUGAGCGGAAGGAGUUCCUGGAUGACCUCUUCAUCUUCAUGCAGAAGAGGGGAACUCCCAUCAACCGGAUCCCCAUCAUGGCCAAGCAGAUCCUGGAUCUCUACAUGCUCUACAAGCUGGUGACCGAGAAGGGUGGGCUGGUGGAGAUCAUCAACAAGAAGAUCUGGAGGGAGAUCACCAAAGGCCUUAACCUGCCCACCUCCAUCACCAGCGCUGCCUUCACCCUGCGCACGCAGUGAGUUGGGAAUAGCGAGCUCCCACAGGGAAUUCCCAUCCACACCUUUUAUCUCCUCCUGCUGAUUUAAUGCCUGGCAAUUCAGCACCUCCUUCCUUUGAGGAUUGGUUACCUCGCCUGCAGCACUGGGAUGGGGAAGGAAAAGUGGGAUAAGGAGGGUAAAAAAGACAAGUAGAAGUGAAAUUGUAAAAUUGAGCGGGGUGAAACUGUGCCUUAGCAAUGAAGGAAACGACAAUACAGAAAAUAUUUCAGUUGUGAGGCAGUUCUGGAUGAUUCUUUGAGGAUAUUUCAGUUUUGAUGGCAUUCUGGAUGAUUCUUUGUGGCUGUUUCAGUUGUGAGGAAAUUCUACAUGAUUUAUAGACACCACUUCAGUUUUGAUGGUAUUCAGGAUGAUUCUUUGAGGAUAUUUCAAUUGUGAGGGAAUUCUGAGUGAUUUAUAGACAGUAUUUCAGUUGUGAGGGAAUUCUGGAUAAUUUAUAGACAAUAUUUCAGUUGUGAGGGAAUUCUGAGUGG